AUGGCCUCCGUCGUCGCCCUCAGCCUCCCCCUCGCCCCUCCCCCCGCUGGCUACUCAAAGCCCGCCCCCAACAGGCCCUCCGCCCCCGCCCAACUCCCCGUCUACCCCGCCGGCCCCUCCUUCAUCUCCGCCGCCCGCCGCCAGCUCCUCCAGCGCUCCUUUGCCCAGGACGACGAGGCCGUCCUUGCCGCCCGUGCCCAGGCUGCCGAGGCCAAGAGCAAAGAGUUCAACGAGGGCGACCUGUACCCCGGUCUCGGUGAAGAGGAGGAGCACGAGAGUGUCUUGAAGACCGACCCCAAGGAGUGGAAGAAGCAGGACCACUAUGCCGUGCUCGGUCUCGGCCACUUGAGGUACACUGCCAACGACGACCACAUCAAGGUCGCCCACCGAAGGAAGGUGCUCCGACACCACCCCGAUAAGAAGGCGAGCCACCACCAGGGCCAGGACGACUCUUUCUUCAAGUGUAUCCAGAAGGCGCACGAGACUCUCACCAACAACGACCGUCGACGUCAAUUCGACUCUGUCGACUGGAACAUCAACGACGAAGUGCCUGACUGGAAGUCUCUCUCCCCCGAAGACUUCUGCAAGCAGGCCAACGCCGUCUUUGGCCGCGAAGGCCGAUUCUCCGAGCACCAGCCCGUCCCCGCUUUCGGCGACCUCAACUCCUCCAAGCAGGACGUCGAGGGCUUCUACAACUUUUUCUACAACUUUGACUCGUGGAGAAGCUUCGAGUGGCACGACAAGGAGGUCAACGAAGGUUCCGACUCUCGUGAUGACAAGCGAUUCACCGAAAAGAAGAACAAGUCUGAGAGGGCUAGGAGAAAGAAGGAGGACAAUGCCAGGCUCCGAGAGCUUGUGGACUCUGUGCUUGCUGUGGACCCCCGUAUCAAGCGAAUCAAGGCCGAGGAGAAGGCGGCUAGGGAGGCCAAGAAGAAGGGCGGUGCGGCCCCCAAGGCUUUGACCCCUGCCGAGAAGAAGAAGAUUGAGGACCAGAAGAAGAAGGAGGAAGAGGAGAAGAAGGCUGCCGAGAAGAAGGCCAACGAGCCUAGCAAGGCCGAGAAGGAGGCUGCUAAGAAGGCCAAGGAGGCUGCCAGGAAGAACUUGAAGAAGUGGAAGAAGGCCAUCGCCACUGUCAUCACCGACUCCAACUACUUCCAAGCCGCCGGCUCCGCCCCCUCUGCCGCCGUCAUCGAAAAGCAGCUCGCCGAGCUCGACUCUCUCGUCGAGCUCCUCGAGCCCGAGCAGGUCAAGGACCUCAAGGAGAAGAUUGACAAAGCCGGCAAAGGCGAGCCUGCCAAGGCUGCCCUUAAGGAGAAGGUUGUCGAGCUCGGUGCCAAGGGUGAGGGCAAGUUUGCCGAGUUUGCUUAG